CAUGCAUAGAUGAACUGAGCUAGCUGAGGUCUUAGCCUCAGGUCUUUCGAUAUGGGCAUGUUGCAGGAAAGUAUGAUCGGAGAUGCUCAAUCCCUGGUCGAGAGGAAGAGGAAGUCAGGUGGCGUGAAAGAAGCGCUCCAGGAUGCUACCAAACUCACGCAAAAACUACGCUUCCUGGUGGAGGAGCCUCAACACACGGUGCCAGACAUCUUCGUGUGGUUGUUAAGCAACAACAAGCGCAUCGCGUACUCUCGGCUCCCGGCCAGAGAUGUUCUCUUCUGCAGUCGUCAGGAGGCUCGAGGAGUCCACUGUGGAAAGAUAGUCACGCUCUUCCUCAAGCCUCCAGGCAACCGUGCGACAGGCUUUUCUGUGCAAGCCAAAGUUGAUGUGUAUUUGUGGUUUGGAUCCUGCACGGACUCCGCACACAUGCUGGAUGACCUGCCUGAAGGCUUCAGCGCUGUCACUGGCAGCGCUGAC